CAGCGACGACGAGAGAGGAUGCUCCUUCGGCGGGGCUGCACUUGGCUGACGCUGAUGCCGCUCCUGCUGAGCCUGUCCACCGGCGAGCUCAGCUUCUAUCGGGAUGCGCUCCCGGAAACGUCGGAGGACGCGUUAGAGCAUGUGGCCCGCUAUCUGAAGACGCACCGUUUACAGCAGCGUCUCCAUCGCUCGUAUCAGCCGAUGUUUCUCUCGCCGGUGCACAAGGAGCACGACAGUCUGGACCGUCAGAAUGUUCUGGAGGCCCUGUCCGACAAGGCCUUGCUUCGGGAGAACAUGCUGAAGCGGAAGUUGAAGGCGCUUCAUCAUCGCCCGAGCAAGUAUUCGAUGAAGAUCAUUGAAACGGAAUAUCCCGCGACUUACUACAACUGGGACAUCAAGCAUCUCGACUACCCCGAAGAGAAGCAGCGUAACGGGGAUGACAAGCGUUUUCCUAAGAAUUUCGAAGCCAUCUUUGAUAUGGAUAAGGAAAUGUUGAAGGAACUUAUGGAAGACCUCCACAGGAAAUACGCGAAUCACAAUCACGCGAUGGACAUGUUCAUGCAUCACGAGGGCGGAAGAGAAGCGGAAUCCGCGGUGCGACCGGUGAAGGUGGAGGCGGCGGAGGCGGCGGAUGGACCGGAGUUCACGUUCUCGUUCGACGAUUCGAAUCUCGAGGAGAGACAUCCAUUCGCGGUGAAGCCGAAUGAUCCUAGAUACUACAGCGCCGCGCCGUUUUCAUCGGAUAAUUUCGAUGAACAAGACGCGUCGAGAGAUAAUUGGAAGGAAGAAAAAUCGGCGAAUAAAGGAGACGACAUUUUUAUAAGACAUGACGAUGACACACGGAGCAUUAAUCGAAAAAAACUCGAGGAUUCUUCUUCAGAAUUCGAUGGAUCGGGAUUGGACAGAUUUGAACAUCGUGCGGAAAAGUUUGAACAUCAUCCGAUUAUCGUGCCCAUAAAUCGCGAUUUGAACAAUGACAUUUAUUUCAUCGCAAUUGUCGCCGGUUGCAGCGCGGCGGCGAUGUUCGCUCUGGUAUUGAUCAGUUUAACAUGGUGCAGACUGCAACGCGGUGCGAAGGCGGCGGCGGACAUAGAGUAUCCUGCUUACGGCGUGACAGGACCGAACAAGGACGUGUCGCCUUCCGGCGACCAGAGGCUCGCUCAGUCCGCUCAGAUGUAUCACUUCCAACAUCAGAAGCAACAAAUUAUCGCCAUGGAAAAGGAAAUGAUGCAUUGUUGCAGUCGCACGUCUGCAACGAGGGAUCCGGGAUCCCUUUCGGAGGCGGAGAGCGACGAGGAGAAUGAAGAGGGCGAUUACACCGUUUACGAAUGUCCAGGACUUGCCUCUACGGGCGAGAUGGAGGUGAAGAACCCGAUGUUCCACGACGAUCCCACCCCGGCGACGCCGGUGGCGCAGGGCAACACCAAAGAAGAGGACCACAUAUAGUUUCAGUAAAGUAGAAAGGGUAAACGCGCGCGCGAUCCGGCGAAAUCUUCCCUGGUGCUUAGCUCACUGUUAAUGUACCAUAUCGGAAACGUUUAUCUAUUAUAUUGAGUGUAUAACUUUAAUAUUUAUAUAUCGCAUGAGGGAUGCGACGCGUUUUACUUGCGGGUGGAUGAGGGGGAUGAAGGGAUGAUAUCUCGGUACCAGAACGGCCGAUGUACUUUUUUUUGUUCCUAAACAUUGAAAUAUUAUAUCUGCACAGCGAGUGAAAUCAAAGGCGCGGCGAACACAAGUCGACGAAUAUAUGUUAGCGAUGUAAUGCGGGUAGAUAUAUAGCACCUAUAGUUCGUGAUAGUCGCAUUGUCGAGCUGGUCCAAUCAACCUUACGUCAAUGUGCUUCUUCGAAGAGAUUUAAUCCUACGAACAUGAGCCUUUCUUUAAUCAUCUGCAUUACAAAAGGCGCUAUAAAAAAAUAAUGAUAGAGUUUGUGAUGACUUUCUUUUUUUUUCAUGUCGCAGGACGACAUCGGUUCUUCUAGCACCGAAACGUUAAAUUGUCGAUCUCGGUUUUAUGAGUGAACAGUUUUGUGGGGAACGCGGAGAGAAAUCUCGUGGGAAAGUGAAUUGAACAAAACCGCAUCUGUCUGAGAACACCCAAUUUUUUAACGUCGCGAACGUACUAUAGUUUGUACUUUCAUAGCAGGAGCAGUUGCCGCACCAGACGUUCAUUAUUUUUCUAUGGUCCGCCAUCGAUCGCUCAUGCCGUGCGAACAUCUGAUGGGCACUUUGCGGAUAUUGGAAUAUGUCUGUUGGAUAUGCGUGCUGUAUGAGUGGCAGUAUACCAAAGUCUAUUGUCCGAGACUAUAAUCCUUUGAAAGUAAAAAGAAAAUCACGACUACUGAUUUGGAACGGUCUACACAUCGCCGCUGUUCAAAUCUGUUUACUGUCGGUACGUUCACGGAAAGUUAUAUACAGUAUUAUUGUAUAAUUAUACAAUUUUAUCUAUAUACCAGAAAUGCAACUUACACAUCUCACGCUAAGCAACGUUCUGCAAAACACAUUCUUGUUUGAUUACGCGAGGGACAGAAUACAUCGGAUAAUUUCCUUAAAUAUUUGCUCUCGGAAUUGCAACGAAAAAAUUUAUGACGGACACAGUUACGAACAAUUUAACUUUUGUGCCGUGUUAUUUUGUCAGUAAUUGGCGACUGUUAGCGAGUUCCUCGCAAACUAUUUUACGCGUGAUAAUUAUCGAGAUCUUUAUUGUUUUUUUAAAAAAAAACUCAAGUUUGAACUGUAUAUUAUAUUCUUACAUAAUUGCUUGUGAUGAUAAAUGGUGAUAUCAAAUGAUUUUUUAUCUAAGUUGAAGUCAAUUGUUUAAGAGUAUAUGAAAAUUGUUGUUGUUUUAUUAUAUUUUCAUCUAAGAUAAUUGUCUCCAAUUAUCUUCUUUAUGCAAGAGAAAAAAGUCAAUAGAGCAUGAGCUGUGCAAACAUACAAAUUAAGUUGUAUGUUUCCCACUUUUACACGUUUUAAGGUGCAGUGUUUCUUUGUGAGUAACAAUCUCAAAUGUGCUUGCUGUGAGGAAACUGUUCUUUAGACAGUUACCAAUAGAUACACACACAUACACGUAAAACAUAAAUAAACACACACACACACACUCAGACGUAUAACAUUUGUUGGCUUAAAAAGACAAUAUAUUUUAUUUUUCUAUGAUACUCGUCAUUGUUAGCUGUAUAAAUAUAAUCUAUGAACUGCUGUAAUCCUAAGUCAAAUGCAGAGCUACUAUUACUAUUUAUUUUAGCAAACGUCAGAUGUCUAUAUUUAACGCAAAGCGAGUAAAGAGUGACGCUCUGUUUUGCGUUAUAGCUGUUACAAAAUCCUCCUCUAUUUGUGCUAUUAUGCUGAACAAUACAAGCAUAUGGCACAGAAUCUCCUGAUAUAAAGAGCUCUUCCUUUUCCCAUCAUUACAAAAUAUUAUUAAGCGAUUAAUGUAUGUUUAAUCGAUGAGUGUAAUGAUCUGUUAAAGCAUGAAUCUAUGUUUCAGAUUUCUAGUCUUCUAUCUACACUGUAUAUGACAUAUAUUAUUACAUGAAUACACUAAACGCAUAAGCAGAGAAUACUAUGAAAGGACAAUCUGUGUACAAAUAGACUAUUGGCAUAUAGCGAUUUGUAGCAUGAUUGUGCGUGUGUGUUGUAUUCAUCCCGGAAUAGAAAAAUUAUUUGUCGAGUCAAAUUUAAUCCUAAUGUCGCAUUAAAAUUAUAAUCUUACCUUGCAACAUUCGUAAUCCGUCUAUUUAAAUCGCAAGCGAAUUACAAUAUUAUUAUUAUUAUUUUUACUAGUAAUCAAAAUCUAGAGUGUAAAAAUAUAUAUAUAUAUAAAUUACAAAUGAUGUAUUAUUAUUUUAUUAAAAUAAAUUGUUUAUUUUAAUAAAAUAAAAACUGUGGUAUAUGAGUGGCAAAUUUGCUAGAUAAACUUGUUUUAAAGCCUAAAAUACACAGAAACAUUGAAAAA